UUUCUUCCACACCUUUAUAUAUACUGGAUCAUUAAUUAUGGACUGCAUCAUCUCUCACAAAUCCUGAAAUUUUCCUUUAAUUUCUUCAUUUUCAUCUUGCCCAUUUUCAGUUCUUUUCUUUCUAUCGAUGGCUGAACAAAUCCCAUUCAGCAUUGCGGAAAACUUACUAACAAAGUUGGCCUCAAUUGCUUCUGAAGAAGUUAGUUUGGUGUAUGGCUUCAAAAAGGAUCUUAGGAAGCUUCAAACUACUCUCUCCACCAUCAAAGCAAUACUUGUGGAUGCUGAGGAGAAGCAAGAGGAGAGCCUUGCAGUGAAGAACUGGGUAAGGAGGCUUAGAGAGGUUGUCUAUGAUGCAGAUGACUUGUUCGAUGAUUUUGCAACUGAAGGUUUGAGAAGGAAGGUUGAAGGUGAGGGAAGAAUGGUUAGGAAGGUAUGCGACUUCUUUUCUUCCUCAAAUCAAAUUGCAUUUCGUUUCAAGAUGGGUCAUAGAAUUAAAGAUAUUAGAGAGAGGUUAGAUGAAGUGGCCAAAGAAAUGUCCGACUUUGGCUUUAUAAUUAGGAAGGAAGUUGGAGUAUCUAUGGGAAUGAAGAAUAGUUGGAGGGAGACGGACUCCUUUGUAUUGAAAUCAGAAAUUAUAGGAAGAGAUGAUGAUAAGGAGAGGAUCAUAGAAUCAUUGAUGUGUCCAGUCAAUCAAACCAAUAUUUCUGUAGUUGCAAUUAUAGGGUUUGGUGGCUUAGGAAAGACUGCACUUGCCCAAUUAGUGUUUAAUGAUGAGAAAGUGGUGAAUUAUUUUGAUUUGAAGUUAUGGGUAUGUGUUUCUGAGGAGUCAAAUGUUGAAACACUAGUUAAACUCAUCCUUAAAAGUGCAAGCAAUAAUGAAGUGCCCAACUUGUCUUUGGAACAGUUACAGAUUCGCCUUAGACAAUGUUUAGAAGGCAAAAAGUACUUGUUGGUGUUGGAUGAUGUGUGGAAUGUAAACAAUAGGAUUUGGAGUCACUUGAGGAAAUAUUUGAUGGUUGGUGCCAUAGGGAGUAGAAUUUUAGUAACUAGUCGUAGUAAGGGGGUUGCUUUAGCUAUGGGUGUAGACUCUCCAUACCCUUUACAGGGUCUAACUGAAGAUCAAUCAUGGGAGCUAUUUGAGAAGCUAGCAUUUACAGAGGAAACAGGAAGAGUGAAUUCAAAUCUAAUAGAAAUUGGAAAAGAAAUGGCAAAGAAAUGCAGAGGAGUUCCACUUGCAAUUAAAGCUAUAGGAGGCAUAAUGCAACUAAGAAGUAGUGAAAGUGAAUGGUUGUCUGUCCUAGAAAAUGAGUUGUGGAAGGUCUUCGAGAGUGAUGGUGAUAUUAGUCAAGUGUUGAAAUUGAGUUAUGAUGUCUUACCGUACCAUUUAAAGCAGUGUUUUGCAUACUGCGCAAUGUUUCCAAAAGAUUAUCAUUUUGGUAAGGAUAGAUUAAUUCAGUUGUGGAUGGCACAAGGCUAUGUUCAGUCUCAGGGUCAAAGUGAAAAUGAAAAUGCAGAGGAGAUUGGGGAAGGAUACUUCAAUGAAUUGUUAUUUAGGUCAUUUUUCCAAAAGGAUGAGUAUUGUUAUAAAAUGCAUGACCUUAUCCAUGACCUUGCACAGUCAAUAGCAGGGGAUAGUUGUUUUGCAGUUGGUGAUAAUACUAAACAUAUUCCUGAUAGAGUCCAACAUGUGUUCUCUGGAAAUUUGUCUUUUGAGGAAUGCUUCAGGCAGCUAAAAAAUAAAGGACUGAGGACACUGUAUUAUCCAUAUUUUGGUGAUGGAUUGAGCUUGAAUUUAGAUAAUAUUUUUUUAAAUUGUAGGAGCAUACGUGCUUUGAGAUUUGAAAGUGAUAUCAAUGGAUUGCCAGAUUCAAUUGGAAAGUUGAAACACCUGAGGUACCUUGAAUUGUUUAGAAAUACUAAAAUCAGUUCACUUCCAGACUGCAUUUGCAGCUUGUAUAAUUUGCAAACUCUAAUACUCUGGGAAUGUCGGGUUCUUAAAGAAUUACCUACAGACAUGAGGAAAUUGAUUUGUCUCGGACAACUUAUUAAUAAGGGUUGUAGUAGCCUUGAAUUCAUGCCAUUGGGGUUGGGGAGAUUGACAAAUCUGCAGACUUUGUCAACUUUUGUUGUGGGAAGUGAUCAAGGAAGGAGAUGUUCCUCAUUGAAUGAGUUGAAUAGCUUAAACCGGCUACGAGGUGAAAUCUGCAUUAAAGGACUAGAAAAUGUGAAAAAUGCAGCUUUGGAGUCCAGCCGAGUAAAUCUCAAGGAAAAGAAAUACCUUCUCUGCUUAAGAUUAAGGUGGGUUGGCAAGGGAGAUAGCAAUAGUGGGAAUAGUGAGUUGUUGUUGGAUAACCUACACCCUCACCCGAACUUGAAAGAAUUGAAUGUUGUGUGCUAUAAAGGUGUGAGGUUUUCAAAUUGGCUUUCUUCUAUCACAAAUCUCGUCAAUAUUACUUUAUAUAAAUGUCCAAAAUGUGAGCAUUUGCCGCCAUUGGACAAUCUGCCUUAUCUGGAAAUUCUCAAUCUUAGCUAUUUCGAUUCUCUGGAGUACAUAUCAGAUGAAGAUAAUUUAUUCUCUUCUUUAUCUGCAUCAACAAUAACAUUCUUUCCAUCUCUAAAGAUUCUUAAACUCGAAGUUUGCCCUAAUUUGAAAGGGUGGUGGAGAACAUGUAUGGAAGCAAAGAUGGUGCCUCAAUUUCCUUGUCUUUCUAAAUUAACCAUCGCGAAUUGCCGUAACCUGACUGUGAUGCCAACGUUUCCAUCACUAGACAUGGAGCUUCAUCUUGCCUAUGCCCACAUAAGACCAUUGCAUUAUACAUUGCAGAUGUCUGCAACGGCUUCUGGAGUACCAUCAACCUCUUCUUUAGUUACUUCUCCUUUUUCCAAAUUAAAGACUUUGUGGUUGCAGGGUUUUGAGAAUCUAGCAUCUCUACCUGGAGAGUGGAUGCAGAACCUCAGCUUCCUUGAGGAACUAUUUCUUAGCAACUGCAUGGAAAUUAGUGAUGAGGAUGAGCGUGGCAUAUUCAAAUGGAGAUAUCUUGUUAGUCUCCGAGAUCUCUCUCUCUAUAAUCUUUCAAAUCUGGUGUCUCUACCAAGGGAGCUUCAAUAUGUUACCACCUUGCAACGUCUCACUAUCUACGACUGUUCUAAUUUGAGGGCUUUGCCUGACUGGAUAGGCAACCUCACAGCACUCGAAAAUCUACAUAUCGAUGGCUGCCCUAAACUGGAAUCGCUACCAAGAGGAAUGCAUCAAAUAACUACUUUACAACAAUUUAGUGUUCGCCGUUGCGCCCAUUUGUCUGAAAGAUGCGGACACGAUACGGCUGCAGAUUGGCCCAACAUUUCUCACAUCCCAAAUAUCCGCAUAAAUGGAAAUGAUAUUCAAAAGGAGGGCCGGUAUUUACUGUCAAUUGCUCUGCAACUUACGUUGCAUCGUCGCUACUCCUUUGAGAAUGGAGAAGCAAGCCACUCAAAGCAAGGUCUAGGAUCAGAGCAGCAGAUCCUGGAGCCUCAAGGACUGGCUACCAAGCAUGCAAUUGAUUUUAAGCAAAGGUUGGAUCUCACGUUUAAUUUGUUGUUUUAUAAUAAUUUGAAUGUUUUGAAAGUUAUCAAAGCAUCUUCUGGUUUGGUGAAGAUGCUAAUGAUACUUGCAAAUUCAGUUCGCUUUGAAAGAAUAUGCAUUGGUUGUGUGGGAGGAAGAAUCCUUGACUUUUUUAAUCUUUCAUCGAGUGGACAGACAUCGUUUAAGGUUGCAAAUCUAAGAGCUGCUCUUUUCUUGUUCUUUUCACAAGUGUCUUCAUUAAUGGCUGAACAAAUCCCAUUUAGCAUUGCGGAAAACUUAUUAACAAAGUUGGCCUCAAUUGCUUCUGAAGAAAUUAAUUUGGUGUAUGGCUUUAAAAAUGAUCUUAGGAAGCUUCAAACCACUCUCUCCACCAUCAAAGCAAUACUUGCAGAUGCUGAGGAGAAACAAGAGGAAAGUCGUGCAGUGAAGGACUGGAUAAGGAGGCUUAAAGAGGUUGUUUAUGAUGCAGAUGAUUUGCUGGAUGACGUAGCAACUGAAGGGUUGCGAAGAAAGGUUCAAGGUGAGGGAAGAAUAGUUAGGAAGGUAUGCGACUUCUUUUCUUCAUCCAAUCAAAUUGCAUUUCGUUUCAAGAUGGGUCAUAGUAUUAAAGAUAUUAGAGAGAGGCUGGAUGAAAUCGCCAAAGAAAUGUCUGACUUUGGCUUUAUAAUUAGGAAGGAAGCUGGAGUAUGUAUGGGAAUAAAGAAUAGUUGGAGGGAGACAGACUCCUUUGUAUUGAAAUCAGAAAUUAUAGGAAGAGAUGAAGAUAAGGAGAAGGUCAUAGAAUCAUUGAUGUGUCCAGUCAAUCAAAGCAAUAUUUCUGUAGUUGCAAUUGUAGGGUUUGGUGGCUUAGGAAAGACUGCACUUGCCCAAUUAGUGUUUAAUGAUGAGAAAGUGGUGAAUUAUUUUGAUUUGAAGUUAUGGGAACCGUUACAAAUUCGCCUUAGACAAUGUUUAGAAGGCAAAAAGUACUUGCUGGUGUUGGAUGAUGUGUGGAAUGUAAACGAUAGGAUUUGGAGUCAAUUGAGGAAAUAUUUGAUGGUUGGUGCCACAGGGAGUAGAAUUUUAGUAACUACUCGUAGUAAGAGGGUUGCUUUAGCUAUGGGUGUAGACUCUCCAUACCCUUUACAGGGUCUAACUGAAGAUCAAUCAUGGGAUCUAUUUGAGAAGCUAGCAUUUAGAGAGGGAACAGGAAGAGUGAAUUCAAAUCUAAUAGAAAUUGGGAAAGAAAUUGCAAAGAAAUGCAAAGGAGUUCCACUUGCAAUUAGAGCUAUAGGAGGCAUAAUGCAAGUAAGAAAUAGUGCAAGUGAAUGGUUGUCUGUCCUAGAAAAUGAGUUGUGGAAGGUCUUCGAGAGUGAUGGUGAUAUUAGUCAAGUGUUGGAAUUGAGUUAUGAUGUCUUACCAUACCAUUUAAAGCAGUGUUUUGCAGACUGCGCAAUGUUUCCAAAAGAUUAUGCGUUCGUUAAGGAUAGAUUAAUUCAGUUGUGGAUGGCACAAGGCUAUGUUCAGUCUCGGGGUCAAAGUGAAAAUGAAAAUGCAGAGGAGAUUGGGGAAGGAUACUUCAAUGAAUUGUUAUUUAGGUCAUUUUUCCAAAAGGAUGAGUAUUGUUAUAAAAUGCAUGACCUUGCUCAGUCAAUAGCAGGGGAUAGUUGUUUUGUAGGUAAUGAUAAUGCUAAACAUAUUCCUAAUAGAGUCCAACAUGUGUUUUCUGGAAAUUUGUCUUUUGAGGAAUGCUUUACGCAGCUAAAAAAUAAAGGACUGAGGACACUGUAUUAUCCAUAUUCUGGUGAUGGAUUAAGGUUGAAUUUAGAUAGUCUCUUUUCAAAUUGUAGGAGCAUACGUGCUUUGAGUUUUGGAUGGAAUAUCAAUGGAUUGCCAGAUUCAAUUGGAAAGUUGAAACACCUGAGGUACCUUGAAUUGUUUAGAAAUACUGAAAUCAGUUCACUUCCAAACUGCAUUUGCGGCUUGUAUAAUUUGCAAACUCUAAUACUAUGGGAAUGUUGGGGUCUUAAAGAAUUACCUACAGACAUGAGGAAGUUGAUUUGUCUCAGACAACUUAUUAAUAAAGGUUGUGGUGGGCUUGAAUUCAUGCCAUUGGGGUUGGGGAGAUUAACAAAUCUGCAGACUUUGUUAAAUUUUGUUGUGGGAAGUGAUCAAGGAAGGAGAUGUUCCUCAUUGAAUGAGUUGAAUAGCUUAAACCGGCUAAGAGGUGAAAUCUCCAUUGAAGGACUAGAAAAUGUGAAAAAUGCAGCUUUGGAGUCCAACCUAGUAAAUCUCAAAGAAAAGAAACACCUUUUCUGCCUAAGAUUAAGGUGGGAUGGCGAGGUAGAUAGCAAUAGUGGAAAUAGUGAGUUGUUGCUGGAUAACCUACACCCUCACCCGAACUUGAAAGAAUUGGAUGUUGUGUGCUAUGAAGGUGUGAGGUUUUCAAAUUGGCUUUCUUCUAUCACAAGUCUCGUCAAUAUUACUUUAUAUAAAUGUCCAAAAUGUGAGCAUUUGCCGCCAUUGGACAAUCUGCCUUAUCUGGAAAUUCUCAAUCUUAGCUAUUUCGAUUCUCUGGAGUACAUAUCAGAUGAAGAAAAUUUGUUCUCUUCUUUAUCUGCAUCAGCAGCAACAUUCUUUCCAUCUCUAAAGAUUCUUAGAGUCAAAUUUUGCCAUGUCUGCAACGGCUUCUGGAGUACCAUCAACCUCUCCUUCAGUUACUUCUCCUUUUUCCAAAUUAAAGACUUUGUGGUUACAGGUGAUGAGGAUGAGCGUGGCAUAUUCAAAUGGAGAUAUCUUGUUAGUGUCCGAGAUCUCUCUCUCUAUAAUCUUCCAAAUCUGGUGUCUCUACCAAGGGAGCUUCAAUAUGUUACCACCUUGCUACGUCUCAAUAUCUACGAAUGUUCUAAUUUGAGGGCUUUGCCUGACUGGAUAGGCAACCUCACAGCACUCGAAAAUCUAUAUAUCCUUGACUGCCCUAAACUGGAAUCGCUACCAAGAGGAAUGCAUCUAAUAACUACUUUACAACAAUUGAGUGUUCGCCAUUGCCCCCAUUUGUCUGAAAGAUGCGGACACGAUAUGGCUGCAGAUUGGCCCAACAUUUCUCACAUCCCAAAUAUCCAUAUAAAUGGAAAUGAUAUUCACAGAGAUGCUGGAAUAUAUGUUGCUCUUUUACACCACCAACCUUUUUCAAAUUUUAGAAUGGCUCUUAUGAUGACAGGCAAUAGAAGCAAAUGAGUUUUGUGGUGUGACAGAUGAUUUCUGGAUGUUGUAAUUGACUCAUUGACUAUUAUACAGGACUGGAGGGAUGUGGAUAACUUGAAUUAACUCUUGGAAUAGACAUUUCAAUUAAUUUUGCACUUUUGGAAGCAAUCGGAAUUUGCAUUCUGUAUCUAAACGUCAAUUGCUCUGCAACUUACGUUGCAUCAUCACUACUCCUUUGAGAAUGGAGAAGCAAGCCACUCGAAGCAAGGUCUAGGAUCAGAGCAGCAGAUCCUGGAGCCUCAAGGACUGGUAUCUUUCAAGAGUCAACAAGUGAGGUUCUGUGAUAUAAGCAGGGCUGGAAGGAUGUUAAUACCUGGUAUAUUUGCAAUCAUUGUUCUAUCCUGAUAGUGAAUUUUCUGAAUUUAAUUGCAAUAUGUUCAUGUGUUAAUCCUUGCAGGCUACCAAGCAUGCAAUUGAUUUUAAGCAAAGGUUGGAUCUCAUGUUUAAUUUGUUGUUUUAUAAUAAUUUGAAUGUUUUGAAAGUUAUCAAAGCAUCUUCUGGUUUGGUCUCUCCUGAAUUGUUUGAGAAUAAAAUAGUGGCUCCAUGAAUUCCUAGAUUCUUUGAAAGUGAGAUGGAUGCCAAGUGUCUUAGAGUAGGAGUGGAGGGAAUAAUCGAUGCUGUGAAUUCACUUGUUCUUCUUUCAGAGUAGGCAGCUUUUGGCUCAGCCGUGGAGAAAUGUUCUGCUGUCGUGACAAAAAAUGGCUUCAGAAUAGGUAAUGAUUUACAGGUGAAGAUGGUAAUGAUACUUACAAAUUCAGUUCGCUUUGAAAGAAUAUGCAUUGGUUGUGUGGGAGGAAGAAUCCUUAACUUUUUUAAUCUUUCAUUGAGUGGACAGACAUCGUUUAAGGCAUUCAACAGAUACUGGAACCUCAACAACUCCCUCUGGGGGAACGAAGCAGAAAUUCUUACAUUUUUGAAAGUGUCAUCAUUAUAGAGAUGUGCAUCCAUCAGAAGUCCUGGGCUAUUCACUUAUGGCGAACUGCCACUGAGAAAGCAGAAUGCUUCUUAUAGAAACAUGAUGGCUCAAAGAAUCGCAUGCUUUUUCUGAUAUGUUGACUUGGAGCAGACAUUCAUUCUUGGAGUUCCAUUUAGUUGAACUCCUCCUCAUUGGAAGCUCUCCAAGGCCACACCAAAACCCCAGAAGGGCUUCAGCUCAUUACCGCUCUGCAAUUAAUGCCUCAGAAUUGGAAGCUGUCAGGCUUUGUUGUUUCAUAUCCCUCUGAUUAGAAGAAUCAUGGUGGAGAGAUGGUUCUUUUUCUGAUUCUUCAAGUCUUCCCCUUCCAGAAACUAUUGGAAGCAUUUCUGGACUAGAAAGGGAGAUGGUUGUCCCUGAAUUCUUACCAUUUCAUCACUUGCUAGUCUUGCUGAAGUUACACAUGCAUUCAUUAUGAGGGAAUUUCAUGGAGAUUCUGAGGAGCCAAAGCUGAACAUUUUAAUUCAGCCGCUCGUUCAUUGGCUAGAUGUCAUCUAGCUGGCUAGAAGUUCAAUAGAUUAUUUGGAUUCUGAAGGCUUGGUUUAGCUAAUGUUUACAUGUGCCAAUGAACUGUAAAUUUCAGAUUUUCUUUUUUAAUGUAUUGUAUUUUCUUUACACCUGUAAAUAUAAUCAUUCAUCCAAAAAUAAAGUAUAAAGCAUGCUGCAAAUUUUCUA